AUGGAAAUUGUCCUGGUCACUCACAACUUUGACGCCAAACAAAACGACGAGAUCUCCAUUCGUGCCGGUGAGACAAUUCAGGUCAUUGAAAAGGACGAUGCAUUCCUCGACGGCUGGUGGCGUGGACGCAAUGCACGUGGCCAAGUAGGGCUCUUUCCUGUCAAUUAUACAGUGCCACAGCAAUCAUCACCAUCAUCCGCCUUAUCGCCUGCUGAUAUGAGCUUGGAAGCACAAAUUGGAUCAUUACAAAACGCAUUAUCAUCAUUGGAACUCGGGCGAUGUCGUUGUUCUACUGUUAUUUCACCCUCCAUGGCAACGGCUGCUAUACAACAACAACAACAACCGAUGGCAGGAAGCAGUAUACGACAAAAGCUCGAUGCAUGUCUCUUGCAUCCUUCAUUACAUCAUCAACAUGCAUCUAAAUGGACCGUGGAUCAAGUGACAUUAUGGCUGGAAGCAAUGGGAUUUGGAGACAUUGCACUUGGAUUUAAAGAGGAGGAGAUUACAGGCGAUGUGUUACUCGAGAUGACACCAGACUUGCUCAAGGAACUAGGCAUUAGUACAUUUGGAAAACGAUUCAGACUCCACAGUGCCAUCAAAAUGCUCAGAGAUCGUAUGCCACCUAUCGAGGAAACGGUUUUGGAAACGGAGCACAACAACACACGAGGAGGAGAAAUAGGAAACAAGAACAUGGUAAACCAUACUUUGAAGGAAGGAUCAACAAUACCAGACACAUGUCAACGCACGCACAGUCAUGUCGAUCCUUUGGAUGCUGGCAGUGGAACCCCUUUAUCCCCGUUACGCAGCAUGGUGCAUCAAGUAACACCUGAACAACCCUCCAUGGCUGCUCAUCCCAACAACGAUUACCACAUGACGACGACGACGAUGACACCACCCAUAUCGGAAGCGAUGAUGAUGGCGAAUUCUAUGUCUAUCGGCGACCGCGAAAGGAGCAAAGAUGAUAAAAGGAAAUUGCCUGCAGGAGACGAAUUCGUUGUUCAUAAUGGACUCCUCGCUCCUGCUGCUGCUGCUGCCGCUCAGCAAGAUCACCACCACCACCAGCCACCAUCAGCAUCAUCGAUUCAACCCCAACUCUCAUCCACACCCACCUUACCACCACCACCAGCACCCACUUUGCCAGUGAAAUCAAGUCGACUAAGAUCCUUGGCCUUGUGGAAUUCAGCCAAUGUUACCAUUGCCAAGCGAAACGCUCUUGCAGGUGAUGAGCAUAGCAAGCCCGAGAUUGAAGGAUGGCUCUACAAGCGCAGUGACAAGUACAGGACUUGGAAUAAGCGAUGGUUCAUUCUAAAAGGAUCUACCUUGUUUUAUCUCAAAUCACCCAAGGAUCUGGCAAUGAAAGGAUUGUUAAACUUGGUGGGGUAUCGGAUAUCAGUGGAUGAGACGCUUUAUCCUGGCAAGUAUUGUUUCAAGGCACAACGCGAUGGGGAAAGGUCGUUCUAUUUUUACACUGAAUCGGAAUCAUCGAUGCGGGAAUGGCUUCAUGCAUUAAUCAAGGCGACUAUUGUUCGUGACUACAAUCAAGCAGUGGCUUCGUCAAGUAGAAUGGCAACGGUUCCACUCGAUGUAGCACAACGCAUGAAUCCUCGGCCUCCUUCCAUCAUUAUGCGACCUAACAAUAUGAAACGCACGCGGCCACAUCUUUAUACGGUUUCUCGCCCAUCACCACAACACAACAACAAUUUAUCUUCAGCCAUCAUUGAUCCUUCCUCGUCACGCGUUCAUCCACAAGGUAUGGAACAAGUACAAAAUAUGAGUGGCGUCAACAAAGAUCUUUCAUCAUCAUCAUCAUCACACCAACAACCUCGUUUACGUCUCAACAACGCCGUCUCUGAUAAUACAGCGGAUCAACAACAACAACAACAACCAGUAGCAGUUGUAUUGGAACAAGAGAACGACUACAGUGACUAUCUCCAAUGGGUCAAUCAACACUUGAGUCAUCCUAUUCAAUCAAUACAAGAUAUCCGUACUGGGGAACCCUUCGCUCAAUUACUGGAAAGCAUUUGCAAGAAGCCAUUACAUCGACCUGAUACAAGUAAACCCAAAUCAGCAAGUAUGCAAAUGUUGGAUAUUAUUGUGGCUUCCUUUGCCUAUAUGGGACGAGAAGGAAUCCGGAUCAAGGGAAAAUUUACUAUCAAAGAUAUAUUCAGCGGAGAUCAAGAGAGGAUCCUAUUGAUGCUUGAUACCAUACGGCAGUGGGAGACAAAGCAAAACAACAAACACCAACAGCAUGUUCAUCACCCUACUACACGACGACGAUAA